AUGGGUCAUUAUACUGGCCUGCUUGUGCUGGCCCUACUCGGGUCAGCAGCAGCCAGCCGGGUCUGUAACUUCGGCAGUGCCACCACCAGCGAGAACGGUGUCAUCGAGACCAAAUACAUCGAAAGAAAAACAUGCGAUGGUCUCUGCAGUACCAACGCUGCCCCCAUCAACGAGGGCCGCACUCUGCAUAUCUUUGGCUGCGAGGAAAGGUACAAGACGCAAAAGGUCGUAUUGGCUGGACGUGUCUGCGAUGAGGAUCUCUGCAAUACCCUUCCCGGACUUGGGCUACCCGUUGCACCACCGGCGGUCGACCCAGUGCAAGCUCUGACGUGCUACGUCGGACUCAAGCACGGAACGUAUUCUGUCGGAGGUGUCGAGCCCUGCGAUGGCGCUUGCGGUACGCUGAUGACUCAGGCCAAUGGCCUCGAUACCGAAGCGUUCUUCUGUGCACCUACAGCGCUCUGCCAGGCCUUCAUCAAGGGACCGAACGUCACUGACCCGCUCGAGGACUGUGUACUGGUUGAUGGAAAUGUGACCGGAUGCUGCUGCCAUUCUUCUCCGAACUGCAACGCCAAGACUUUCCACAUCACCGACCUUCCACCGCUUGCCACCGACAAUCGUGUGCCGAUCGCCUGCUAUUCUGGCAUCUAUUUCGGCGGUGUCCCAAUCUCGGGUGGAGAAUAUGUGGCUUGCCAAGGAAAUUGCGCUUCCCUUUCAUAUACGUUCGUCUUCGGCUUCAACAUGACACUCUACUCGUGUGACCCGGCAACGGUGUGCCGCGGAUUUGGUCUGAACAACAAAUGCUUGGAUGUCGACAAUGGGACUUUCCACGGGUGCUGCUGUGAUAGCGAUGCCUGCAUUGAUCCGACCAGGGUACCGCCGGUUUCGCCAGAUAACCCGGUAAGCAAAUGGAUGGAAUGCUACGUCGGCGUCCACAUGCGCAACGGGACUAAUGGAACCAAAUUCGAUGCGGGAGCAGUAAAUUACUGCAACGGAGUUUGUGCCUCGUCGAUGACCCAUUUGAACGGAUAUGAGGUCGAAGCCUUCUUCUGUGCCCAGCGUGAAUUCUGCCAAAAGAUGGACACGAUGAACCGAUGUGAAAUUCUUGGAAUUGGCGAUACUCCACUAUCGACCUGCUGUUGCGACACUGGACCAAAUUGCAACACUUACGACUCUGACAUCCCGACGGUAGUACCAACGCAAGUGCAACCAGGACAGAUGAUCGCCUGCUAUUCUGGGUUGGCGGUAAAUAACCUCACGAUUGGGGAUGGAGACUUCAUCGCCUGUGAUGGAGAUUGCGCGUCGAUCACGUUGAAUACGACUAUUUUGGGCGACAUGCAUGCCGUCACACUGUACACUUGUGAUCCUGCGACCGUUUGCCGACAACUCGGAAUUGCUAAUAACUGCGCCAACAUCAACGGCCUCGUCCAGGGUUGCUGCUGCGAUUCGGAUGUUUGCAUUAAUCCCUUCACCAACAAAUUCCCCACCGGCAAAACCUCACUUGAUUGCUUUGUCGGUGUUGCUAUCGGGCACAACUACACUGUUGGUGCCUCGAUGCCGUGCGACGGGGAAUGUGGAUCGUUUGAAUCGACAGUCAACAAUGUUCACGCUGCCGGCUAUUUCUGCGCCCCGAAGAGCUUGUGUUCGGCCCUGGAUGUACACAACGAAUGUGCGGCGCUGCUCACCGACUCUCAAUACGGCCGCGGUUGCUGCUGCGACUGGGAUGAUAAUUGCAAUGCCAAGAUGGACAACCUGACUGUUCCUGGAUACGUCCCCUCAAACCGACCACCACUCGCUUGCUACGGUGGUCUUUCAUUGAAUGGUAUGAUGUUCCAAGACGCUGAUCGUUUCAUGGCUUGCCGCGGUGAUUGCGGCUUGAUCACCUUCAGCACGACCAUCAAUCAGAAGCCAUAUGAUGCCACCAUCUACACAUGCGAUCCGACAAACGUAUGCGACGCAUUCUCCCUCAAGGAUACCUGCGGCACUGUCCUCAACGGCAACGGAGGUCACGUCUCCGGUUGCUGCUGCUCUUGGAAUGACUGCCUGGACAUUACACAUAACACCGUCAAGCCUUCCCGGGACAACCUUGAAUGCUUCGUUGGUUUUGCAGUUGAGGGCAACCAGACAACGGCUUAUGGAGCAUCGAUGGCUUGCGAGGGAAGCUGUGCCAGCGCUCAAACGACGGUUGGCAAGACGUCAAUGUGGGCUUUCUUCUGCGCUUCGAACCGCCUAUGCGAUGGCAUGAACAUGACAAACACGUGUGGACUUCUCUUCAAAGACAACAAUGAAUACGUCACUGGAUGCUGCUGCAACGACGACAACAGUUGCAACAUCAAGAACGCCAAGAUUGCUCCCCCAGCGCCUCCGGCAACAACUGCACCUGACAACCGCUCUCCUAUUGCUUGUUAUUCUGGAUUAGGCAUUAACAAUAUGCUUCUCACAGCUACAAACAGCUACGUCACCUGCCAUGGCGACUGCGCAUCGGCUACUUACACGACCAGCCUGCUUGGUAAGUCCUACACGACGACCAUCUACUCUUGCGAUCCGGUUAGCUUGUGCUCCACGUUGGGGAUGUUGAACUCAUGUCAAACGAUGCCAACCCCGAACAGUAACUCUACCGUAUUUUCUGGAUGCUGCUGCAACUGGGAUGACUGUAUCGACAAUUCAAACAACGGACAGAUCAAGCCAACGAACGAGACGAAGCGUCCAGAUGAUUUGACCUGCUUGGUCGGAUAUUCAUAUGGUUUGAACGGCACCACAAGAUUUGUCGGCUCUCAAAUGCCAUGCUCCGGAUCUUGCGCCGCCGUGCACACACCCUUCAAUAAUGAUCAGCUCUACGGAUAUUUCUGCGCACCCGAGACUCUCUGCAACGCCCUCGAUACCAGGGAGCGUUGCCAGUCUUUGAUACUUGAUCAGUAUGCCGAAGCCUGCUGCUGCGAGGGAAGCUCGAAUUGCAACAACUAUAACAAUGUGCCGAUUUCGCCUAGCCCGCCAUCUACAAAGCCUCCGAUCGCUUGUUACAGUGGUAUCGCUGUCAACGGCAAAAAGGUGACAUCCGAAGACUCAUACAUGAGCUGCCGAGGAGAGUGCGGGCUUGUUACUUUUUCGACUUCCUUUGGGAACGCCAAAUACAACGCCACCGUCUACGCCUGUGACCCAGCUACGGUGUGCAAAUCGCUGAACAUGUCCAACUCAUGUGGCGGCCUCUCAAACGGUGUGCUCAGCGGAUGCUGCUGCGAUUGGAACGAUUGUUUGGAUACUCAGCAAAACACGGUGAAACCGUCAAUCGACAAUUUGCAAUGUUUCGUUGGUAUUUCCACGGAGGGAUCACUGGUCAAUGGCACAUACGGUGGACUAGCCCAGUGCUCCGGUCAAUGCGGUUCAGUGGAGACGGUAUUCAACCACCAACAAGUCUGGGCUUUCUUCUGUGCCACGAACAAGCUGUGCGACGGUCUCGGAAUUGCCAACGACUGUGCAACCAUCACCCCCAUGGAUACGGAAUAUGUCAGCGGAUGUUGCUGCAAUGGAGCCAACGGGUGCAAUCUGAACAACGCAAAGGUAAUGCCUCCACCAACACCCGCUCCUGCCCCAAUUCGUGGCACCCCGAUUGCUUGCUAUAAUGGAAUUGCCAUCAACGGAAAAGUCCUUACAGCCAACGACAGCUACACCAGUUGCUUCGGACAGUGCAUGGCGAUCAACUACCAGACACGUCUGAAUGGUCAAUCCGUAAUCACUUCGGUUUAUUCUUGCGACCCGGUGGCAGUUUGUGACCAUUAUGGAAUGAGCGGUAACUGCAACGCGCUGCUCGACAUCAGCAGCCAAGCCUAUCUCAGCGGAUGCUGCUGCGGAUGGGACGACUGCAUUGACCAGCAACAAGGCACCAUCAAGCCGAAGCAUCAAGACAGCCAGAAUUGCUUUGUCGGAUUCUCGAUCGAAGGCGCAAUCAACACCACCUACGGCUCUGCAAUGCCCUGCGUGGGACAGUGCGCAUCGCUAUACACAAAGAUGAACGGCCACUACACUUAUGGUUUCUUCUGUGCCCCGAACAAGCUGUGCGACGGUUUGAAUAUGACAAACCACUGCGACGUUCUGGCCAACGAUCACGGCGAGCUCAUCCAAGUGUGCUGCUGCAACGACGUGGAUAACUGCAACGCAAAUAAUGCUGGAAUCCCAAGCCCAUUGCCAACUCUACCACCCGCACCAGCCGGCCUCAGCCCGAUCGCUUGCUAUUCGGGAAUCUCGCUGAACAACCACCUCAUCAGCGCACCCGACAGCUAUGCAUCCUGCAUUGGCGAGUGCUCAGCGAUCAGCUAUACAUCGAUGUUCUGGAACACGACCUUCAAGGCCACAAUGUUCUCAUGCGACCCCGUCGCCCUGUGCACCCAAUUUGGAAUGAGCGGCCGUUGCGCCACGAUCGAAAACGAUGGAAGCUCCACCAACCUUGCCGGAUGCUGCUGCUCCACUGAUGAUUGUAUCGAUACUUCAACUGGGCUGAUCAAACCACAAAAGUAUGAGGCCAAGAACUGCUUCGUUGGACUGUCUGUAGAAGGUAAUCAAACUGGCACCUACGGUGAAUCGGUCAAAUGCGAUGGGCAAUGCGGAAGUGUGCAAACCACAGUCGCCGGGCACUCCACCUGGGGCUUCUAUUGCGCUUCAAACAACCUGUGCAACUUCCUGAAUGCUUCCAAUAACUGCGCUACAGUGUUCGGCAAUCAAGUCGUCCAGGGAUGCUGCUGUAACGACGCUGACAACUGCAACCUCAACAACGCUCACGUCCCACUUCCGACCGUCAACAUUACGAAUCCCCCGAACGUUGCCCCAAUCGCGUGCUAUUCUGGUAUCUCGCUGACCUACCCAGGAUUUAGCCAGCCGAUUACACCCAGUGACAGUUAUACCGCUUGCUUCGGUGACUGCGCAUCGGUUACGUACAACACAGUACUGGGAGGUCAAAACGUCUCGGCCACGAUGUACUCAUGCGAUCCCGUAGCUAUUUGCGACCACUACAACAUCAAGGGAAAAUGCGCACAGAUCCAAAGCACUGACACAACAUCGGUUAGCGGAUGUUGUUGCAACUGGGACGACUGUCUGGACACGACAAAUGGCCAGAUCAAGCCACCGGUGACGCUUCCGCCUAACCCGCCAGCCCUUAGGAACUGUUUUGUUGGACUGGCCGUCGAGGGAACCAACUACACCGGAACAUACGGCAGCUCCACCAAGUGCAACGGCCAAUGUGGAUCUCUACAAACCACUAUCAACGGGUAUAACAGCUGGGCUUUCCUAUGUGCUUCUAAUGACUUGUGCACGACCAUGGGCGCCAUCAAUAAUUGCUACACCUUCCUGAACGAAGGCGAAUUCAUUCAAGGAUGCUGCUGCAACACCGAAGAUGAUUGCAACCUGCAUAAUUCCCACGUCGGCCCGCCACCAACCAACAUCCCACCCCAGCCGACCAAUGUUCGACCAAUUGUUUGCUAUUCGGGACUUGGCGUCGUCGCCGGAAACAAGACUCUGAUCAAGCCAUCAGCUGCCAGCUAUGCUGCUUGCUUCGGUGACUGCGGAAUGGUGACGAUCGCAAGUACCAUCGGUGGAGUCAAUGUGGCUGCCACCGCCUACUCAUGUGACCCAGUGUCCAUCUGUCAACAUUAUGGCAUGGAUGGAACUUGUGGCGUGAUCCAAGCCAACAAGAACAGCUCCACCAGUAUCAGUGGAUGCUGCUGCGGCUGGGAUGAUUGCUUGGACAUUGAUCAUGGAAAGAUCAAGCCCAUGCCAACACAACCAACUCAACCAGCUCCGACGACCACGUCGGCUGCAUCAAUCACAUUGUUCUUUGCUCUGUUGUUGCCUUUCUGGAAAUAUCUCUUU